AUGGUUGUUGUUGGACGGUGGUUGUUGUUGGAUGGUUGUUGUUGGACGGUGGUUGUUGUUGGAUGGUUGUUGUUGGACGGUGGUUGUUGUUGGACGGUGGUUGUUGUUGGACGGUGGUUGUUGUUGGAUGGUGGUUGUUGGACGGUGGUUGUUGUUGGAUGGUUGUUGUUGGACGGUGGUUGGUGUUGGACGAUUGUUGUUGUUGGACGGUGGUUGUUGUUGGAUGGUGGUUGUUGGACGGUGGUUGUUGUUGGAUGGUGGUUGUUGGACGGUGGAUGUUGUUUGAUGGUGGUUGUUGGACGGAUGUUGUUGGAUGGUUGUUGUUGGACGGUUGUUGUUGUUGGAUGGUGGUUGUUGGACGGUUGUUGUUGGAUGGUGGUUGUUGUUGGACGGUGGUUGUUGGACAGUGGUUGUUGUUGGAUGGUGGUUGUUGUUGGACAGUGGUUGGUGUUGGAUGGUGGUUGUUGUUGGAUGGUGGUUGUUGUUGGAUGGUUGUUGUUGGAUGGUCGUUGUUGUUGGAUGGUUGUUGUUGGACGAUGGUUGUUGUUGGAUGGUUUUUGUUGGACGGUGGUUGUUGUUGGACGGUGGUUGUUGGACGGUGGUUGUUGUUGGACGUGGUUGUUGUUGGACGGUGGUUGUUGUUGGACGAUGGUUGUUGUUGGACGGUGGUUGUUGUUGGACGGUGGUUGUUGUUGGACGGUGGUUGUUGUUGGAUGGUUGUUGUUGGACGAUGGUUGUUGUUGGAUGGUGGUUGUUUUUGGACGGUGUUUGUUGUUGGAUGGUGGUGGUUGUUGGAUGGUGGUUGUUGGAGGGUGGUUGUUGGAUGGUUGUUGUUGGAUGGUUGUUGUUGGACGAUGGUUGUUGUUGGAUGGUGGUUGUUGUUGGACGGUGGUUGUUGUUGGAUGGUGGUUGUUGGAUGGUGGUUGUUGUUGGAUGGUGGUUGUUGGAGGGUGGUUGUUGUUGGAUGGUUGUUGUUGGAUGGUUGUUGUUGGACGAUGGUUGUUGUUGGACGGUGGUCGUUGUUGUUGGGUGUUUGUUGAUGGAUGGUUGUUGUUGUUGGAUGGUGGUUGUUGUUGGAUGGUGGUUGUUGGACGGUUGUUGUUGGACGGUUGUUGUUGGACGGUGGUUGGUGUUGGACGAUGGUUGUUGUUGGACAGUGGUUGUUGUUUGACGGUGGUUGUUGUUGGAGGGUGGUUGUUAUUGGAUGGUUGUUGUUGGACGAUGGUUGUUGUUGGAUGGUGGUCGUUGUUGUUGGGUGUUUGUUGA